AUGAUUUCGAAGUUUCAAGAAAAACAACGAGAGAAAGACUGCGAAUUUAAUCAGAAACGAGAUUUUUUACGUGUGGUGUUGGAUUUCUUAGCUCCUACAUCACAAAGUCGCAAAAAUGAGAUAAGAGAAUGCCUUACUUUGAAUGAUAUUUCAUUUGAACAAUAUCAUACAAAAGUAGAGCUGGUAUGUCUUGUAAAACGAAACACAACAGAACCAGUAUAUGAAGCUGAUGAACUUCUGAAGCAGAAUGGGCAUGAGGCAUUGCGACUUUCUCCCUACCACUGCGAUCUAAAUGCCAUUGACCUGGUAUGGAGUUUGGCUAAACGUAAAGUGGCUACUAAAAAUAUUACCCUGCCUGCUGAGGAUUUAGAGAAACUUAUUAAAGAGUCUUUUGAAAGCAUAACUCCACAGAAAUGGAAGAAAAUGACUGAUCAUGUAAUUCGCAUUGAAAAUAAAUAUAUAGAAUAA